CUCUCUCUCUCUGUGGUCGGCGAAAGAGAGGGAGGGAGGGAGGGAGACAGAGACAGAGACAGAGACAGAGAGAAUUGGCACAGUCGGAGGUCAGCUUCCGAUAUAAAGCGAGGGAGCAGAAUCGAGUUCGACGAAGAUCCAUUAGAGAAAGAACCAAUAAAGGGUCUCCCCAAAUUCUAUCCUUUACGGCCGCCUCCACUCCGUUUAAUUUCGGGAGGGGUUCAUUGAGGCGAGCGUGAGAGUCCCUUGAGCUGGGAGUCCGCCUGCAACCUCUGCUCUAUCAUCAUGGCUUGCAGGCUUGCGGACUCUGUGUUCCUCUUCAAGGGCCCUCAUCAGAGCUCAAUCCGUACUCAACUGAUUUCUUCCCAUACUUCACCAGGCAUAUGCUAUUUGAAGUUGGAAGACCCUUUAAAGAAGGGAAUCAAACAUAAAAGAUAUUCCUUUUCCGCAAAGAGGGUUCAAAUCGUGAGAGCUGUGGCUGUUCCUGUGGCCCGGCCUCCUGCAGAGAGUUCUUCAGUAGACAAUGCUGAGUAUCGGAAGCAAUUGUCUGAGAGUUAUGGGUUCAGGCAAAUCGGGGAACCCCUCCCUGAAGAUGUCACGUUGAAGGAUAUCAUGAAUUCCCUUCCCAAAAAGGUAUUUGAAAUUGAUGAUUUGAAAGCAUGGAAGUCGGUUUUGAUUUCUGUUACUUCAUAUGCUUUGGGACUCUUCAUGAUUGCAAAAGCUCCAUGGUACCUUCUCCCUUUGGCUUGGGCGUGGACAGGAACUGCCAUUACAGGAUUCUUUGUCAUAGGCCACGAUUGUGCUCACAAAUCGUUUGCACGGAACAAACUACUGGAAGAUGUAGUUGGAACACUUGCAUUUCUUCCUCUGAUAUAUCCGUACGAGCCAUGGAGAUUCAAGCACGAUCAGCAUCAUGCAAAAACAAACAUGUUGUCUGCAGAUACAGCUUGGCAUCCCGUGUGGAAAGAGGAAAUUGAAUCCUCUUCUCUUCUUCGUAAAGCGCUAAUGUAUGGAUAUGGGCCACUUCGUCCUUGGAUGUCCAUUGCUCACUGGUUAGGGUGGCACUUUGAUUUGAGCAAGUUCAGAUCCAACGAAUUGAAGAGGGUGAAGAUCAGCUUGGCUUGUGUUUUUGCAUUCAUGGCGAUUGGUUGGCCUUUGAUUAUUUAUAAAACGGGCAUUGUGGGAUGGAUCAAGUUUUGGUUAGUGCCAUGGUUGGGCUAUCACUUCUGGAUGAGUACUUUCACGAUGGUCCACCAUACAGCGCCUCAUAUACCAUUCAAGUCUUCCGAAGAAUGGAAUGCUGCUCAGGCACAGCUUAACGGAACUGUCCACUGUGAUUAUCCAAAUUGGAUUGAAAUUCUGUGCCAUGAUAUCAAUGUCCACAUCCCCCAUCACAUAUCCUCAAGGAUUCCAAGCUAUAACCUUCGAGCAGCUCACAAAUCUCUUCAAGAGAACUGGGGAAAGUAUCUGAACGAGGCCACGUGGAACUGGCGUUUGAUGAAGACUAUAAUGACGAUUUGCCAUGUCUACGAUAAGGAGCAGAACUACUUAGCAUUUGACGAGCUAGGGUACAAGGAUGCAAAGCCCAUUACAUUCCUCAAACAAGUAAUGCCUGACUAUGCUUGAUUCGUUGUUCCCUCACUGUAGAGCUCGAGACUGCUAAUUCUAGAUUCUUGGACAAUACUUCUCAUUGUUUCUACCAACUAAUGGUAUGUCAUUUUCUGCAAGUUAUUGUAUGAUUUUCCAAUGUAUCGAACAGUUCUUCGGUGAUACUUGGUACUGAGAGUAAAGAAGAAAUCAAGCAAAGAUACUUCAGAAUA